AUGAAAGCAUGCUGUGGCGGUAAACGCCUACAAAUUUGUUUUGUUGUUCAGGCUAUUUGCAUGGUGUGCCUCGUUGGCUUCGUAUUCUCACCUCCCAGACCUUAUGCCCAGCCAACAUGUGAUUGCCAUUACGGCGUGGUGGAGAGGGAGAACCCGCGGUGCCAAUGUGUUUGUUUUGGCGAUUAUCUUCUCCCCAACUGCCUCUACACAGCCAUUGAUGUCGUGGAUGUUGAGUUAUGGCUCACAACCAAAUCAGGGAAAAAGAGGGGCAACACGUACCCGUUGUCCAGCGGUGAUAUUGAAAGGGGAUUGGACCGGCUGUUCGGUCAUAAGAAUAGUAGCGGUUUGUUUAAGUUUCGCCGGGGCACAAGUUCCUUUUCAUCUGAGGGACUGGUAAAUAGUAGUAUUCGAUCCGGAAAAUUUUACGUGGCAGCAGUUGUAUCUAUGCCAGGGUGGGCAGCACAACAUCUUCUUGCCUAUGUAGCGCAGAAAGCAGGUAAAGGGGGUGAAAUGACCAACUCAGCCUCUGGAGUCAGUUACACACUUUACGCCGCUUAUGACAUGGCGAAAGGACCCCCACUCCCCGUUAUGUACUACUACGAGUCUAUGGCUUUUUUUACUGGCAUCGAUUCCAACAUUUUUAUAACCGCGGCGGACUGCGGCUGGAUGUUUGGAGCAAUAGUGUUAGUGUUGCUUAUGACACGCAUCGAGCAGCUUUGGAUGUAUAGUAUUGUGGCUGGCCUCGGCGCGAUUUCUAGGAGGAGGAGAGGAGAUGAAAAGGGUUCCCUCUUUCUUAACGAGGAUGCUGCCGGUAGUAGCAAUGUAAGCCGCCACGACUCGCUCCGUCGGAGCUCAUCCAAAGGAAGCUCCUCCAUGAAGUCUUCAAGUAAAGAUAAAAAGAAGAAUAAGAAGGCUGAUAAGGAGAAAAAGAGGAACAACAGCAAGCGGUCCCGUGCGUCAGGAAAGCGGGCUGCUUCCAAAAGCGAACGUCGAGCCCCGGACUCGGAGGCCCCACAACUCGGGGAACGCCGCAGUAAGUCACCAGCAGGAGAAAAUCCCGGUGGUGCGCAGUGGCGAAACCCACUGACUAUCUGA